AUGCACGAUACCUUUUUUGUGAUACCGAUAGCAAAAUUUUACAUUUUGAUUGUUAAAAAUUACCUGCUGAAUGUGAAAAAAGUAAUCAGGGAUCAUGAUUGUGUUGGAAAAUGGGCGACACAAUUUGGAGAUGAACUGUAUUUGCUGGCCCAAAAGAUAACCAAGUCGCAGCAGAUAAAGGAGAAAUACAAGGAGUUUAAUGCUCGCGUCGAGCUGAAGAAUGGCACCGAGCUGAUCAGAUCCAUAACCGCAAAUGUUGGUAAAAUGCUGGCACGUAAAAUGGAUGCAGUUCGUUGCAUUCAAGAGAAGGCGGAGAUAGUCAACGAAAAUUUUGAGUUUAAUCAGACAUAUGCGGAAACGAAUUUCACAUACUAUUCCAGUAAAUAUUCCACAUUCAAUGGGAACAGCUCUGAGCUGCUGAAGGAGAACGAGGAGGAAUUUGAGUAUAUGUAUCGCGAAAUGAAGCUUAAUCCGGAUACACUUUAUAAUAUAUCAGUGGACACGGAGCAUAGUUCGGUACAUGUGCCAUCGAAUGUUUGGGAUCGGAGGAGUAAUGUACUUAAGACAAUACAAUGGUCAGAGCAACUGGAUGAGGUAUUUCGCCAAACUAUCAGUCAGAUCCGGCUCUCCUGGCAGUACUUUGGCUCCGAUACGGGAAUUCUUCGACAUUAUCCUGCCGCUCAGUGGACAGACACGCGGAUCAACAAACAGGAUGCCGAUACCUAUGACUGUCGCAAACGAUCAUGGUACAUUGAGACGGCCACCUGUUCUAAGGAUAUUGUUAUCUUGUUAGAUCAUUCGGGCUCGAUGACAGGACAUCGCAAUCAUGUGGCCAAAUUCACUAUACGUAGCAUACUGGACACCUUCUCCAAUAACGAUUUCUUUACCAUCUUUAAGUAUUCGGAAAAUGUGACGGGCAUUGUGCCAUGCUUUAACGAUGCCCUUGUCCAGGCGACUCCCGAGAAUAUAGAGACCUUCAACUCCGCUAUAGCCGCACUACCUGCUCCAUCCAAUUAUGCGAAUCUUACCCUGGCCUAUGACCACGCCUUUAAAAUUUUACGCAAUUACUAUGUGAAUCGACGCUGCAAUGAGACCUCCACUUGUAACCAGGCAAUUAUGUUGGUUACUGAUGGAGUUGCUGGAAAUACCACCGAGGUAUUUGAGAGAUAUAACUGGGGUAAUGGGGAGAACGGUACGUCCAGGAUGAAUGUGCGCAUCUUCACGUAUCUACUUGGAAAGGAGGUUACCAAAGUCAGGGAGAUUCAAUGGAUGGCAUGUCUCAAUCGUGGCUACUAUUCACAUGUGCAAACUCUUGAUGAAGUUCAUGAAGAGGUGCUCAAGUACGUAGAUGUCAUUGCCACGCCGCUAGUGCUGCAGAACGAACAGCAUCCGCCCACAUGGACACAUGCCUUCACUGACAAAACGUACGAUCCUAUGAACUCAACAGAACGGCGGCCGCGUCUUAUGAUAGCCGUCGGCGUGCCAGCCUUUGAUCGGUCCUAUCGUCAUGAGAACAGUACUAAUCGGCGUGCUCGUUUGCUUGGCGUGGCUGGAACGGAUGUACCAGAGGACAUUGACAAGCUGACCCUACCUUACAAGCUGGGCGUGAAUGGGUAUUCUUUUGUGGUGUCCAAUAAUGGCUAUGUUCUGCUGCAUCCGGAUUUGAGACCCAUUGGUUCAAAUGGCAAGAUGACAAACUAUAAUAGCAUUGAUUUUAGCGAGGUCGAGCAUCUGUUUGAGGAUCAGAGUCCUCGUGAGCCUGGUGAAUCUAUAUUGAACAUCCGACGUGCCAUGGUUCACCAUGAAGCCAAGGAAUUUAAGGAUAUAUCCGUCAAGUUUCACUACGACAAAAUGCGUCGAGUCUCUGAGGAGAAACAGGAUUAUUUCUUUGCCCCCUUACCAAAUACACCCUUUACUCUAGGCAUUGUUAUGCCCAGCGAUUAUGGUAAGACUUGGAUCAAAGUGGGCGAUGAGGUGGACAAAAACAAGCAUAUGAAAGUUAAUAUAUCCGAGUUCUUUAUUGGUGAAAACUGGAAAGUGCAUCCCGACUGGGUCUAUUGCAAAUAUCACUAUCUGGAGGUCAUGAAUUUGACGCCAGAAGAGCUACGCGAGUUUCUGGAAAAGAUGAUGAAGCUCGACUGGAAAUUUCCAGAGCAAUAUGCCGAAGACGAAUCCGAUUGGGAUGAUAAAGAUGAUCGUAAGUUCAAGCAAUAA